AUGAGUGCCCCUCAGUAUUAUCCGAACACGCUGGAACCACUCCAGAUAAACAAAGAGAAUCUGCAAAAGGCCCUUCAUGAAUUCCGUGAAGCUGUCGACCAUGGAACUCAUUUAGUGCAACAAGGUUGCCCUCCUUCAGCGGAGUGGGGUAGUGCCGGUUUGUACUUGGGAGUAGCAGGGAUCGCUCUCGCAUUCCUGCGGCUUGAGCGUCAAGCUCUAUCCUUGACAGAACCAGGCAGGGCUCCUAUCGACUUCGGUAAACUAGCGAGGGAGCGAAUAGUGCCGCAUGGGCCGAAUUUGCCUUUAAAGUCAGGCUUCCUGUCGCCUUUGGGCUCAUUCUCCCCAGUAACAGGGGCCUUGAUGCGUAUCUUAGCAGCAAGUACAGAUGGCAGUGCCAUCUCUGAUGCUGACAUUACUUCUCUCGAAGAUGCGGUUAAGCUGGCAAUCAAAAACGGACCCAUGGUGCCUCAGGGAGAUAAAAUGAUGGGAGGUGAUGAGCUUAUUUACGGUCGACCUGGAUUGCUGUGGUCUAUCUUUAAUCUUCGGGUUCAGCACUUCGAUGAGAACACAAAGAAGCGCCUGCAACCUGUUUUCGAUGCUCUACCUAACCUUGUUGAUGUGAUAGUCGACGCCGGGAGGCAAGGACAGAAGGAUUACACCAAAUUGCAUGGAGAGAAGGAUGCGCUGCCCCUGAUGUGGUCGUGGAAGGAAAGCCGAUUUUAUCUAGGAGCUGUUCAUGGUAUCGGUAUGUACACAGAAAAAAAAAUCAUGUUUUUUCGGCAGGGCUUUCCCCGAGCUAAUACUUCGUAG